GAACCGACCGUCGAUACGUGAUAUUCUGUCGCGUGCGUGUGUGCUCCGCAGGUACGCGAGUGUCUCUCAGCAGACUGCCGGGGCUGUGCCGCGCCGCACAGACAGUCGCCACGAGAGGGAGGGAUUUAGCAAAGGAGACAAUGCUCGCAUUUGUGCGACGGCCGGCUCGCUCUCGCUCUCGCUCUCGCUCGGUCGCCGCCGAUGCAUGCGCGCUUGAAGGGAGACGAAAGCGGACAGCUCGAUCCAGGUCGCGGGAUACGCCGACAGCGAGUUUGCGCAGCGCUGCGAGGGAGAGCAAAAAGCAGAGGGGCCGGCCUUGAAGCCACCGGGCCGACGUCGCUGCUUUUGGCCGUAACGGGGAAAAAAGGCGUCCGCCCCUGCCGUACCGGCGAAGAGAGACGUCCGCUCGUGACGCAAUCAAAGACCCGGUGAGCUGCGUUGGUGUGACUGAGCGGGCGAGGUGACGGGUGAGCUGACCGUUUGGGAAGGGAAGACCAAGAAGAGGAGGAGGAAGUAGGCGGAGCAGCCCAAACGCCCAAACAGGAUGACGGAGAAGAAAAUAAGCGUAUAUGUUGAGUUGAUCCCGUUGCAGUCUGCCCGCUAAGCUGAUUAACGGGGGCGUGGCAGGCCUGGUCGGCGUGACGUGCGUAUUUCCCAUCGAUCUGGCCAAAACCCGCCUACAGAACCAGCAGGGCGCCCGAAUCUACAAAGGAAUGUGGGACUGCCUGGCUAAGACGGUACGCUCAGAGGGCUAUUUUGGAUGUUACAGAGGUGCGGCGGUCAACCUCACUCUUGUCACACCAGAAAAAGCAAUCAAGCUGGCGGCGAACGACGCCUUCAGACAGAAGCUCUCCAGAGAUGGCCAUUUGCCCCUCUGGGCGGAAGUCGUGGCGGGCUGUGGAGCUGGGACGUGUCAGGUGGUGGUCACCACUCCCAUGGAAAUGCUCAAAAUCCAGCUACAAGACGCAGGGAGGCUCGCUGCCCAGAGGAACGUCUCCACACCGGCUCAGACUGCCGCUCCGUCCUUAGCGGAACCGCGGGCGCUCCGCUCCGGCGCUUCCCCGCGGACAUCUGCCACGAGCAUCACGGCGGAGCUGCUGAGAACCCGAGGCCUCGCUGGUCUGUACAGGGGAGCGGGAGCCACCUUGAUGAGGGAUGUCCCUUUCUCAAUGAUCUACUUUCCCUUGUUUGCCAACCUGAACGCACUGGGGAGGGACGAACCCGGACGUCCGGGCGACGUGCGGGCGCGUGCCCCUUUCUGGCAGUCCUUUGCGGCGGGAUGCUCCGCAGGCUCAGUGGCGGCCGUGGCCGUCACGCCGCUGGAUGUGAUAAAAACCCGACUCCAAACGUUGCACAAAGGUGACGGGGAGGACACCUACAGAGGAAUUAUUGACUGCACACGGCGCGUUCUGAGAAGAGAGGGACCGUCGGCAUUCCUGAAGGGAGCAGCGUGCCGCGCACUGGUGAUUGCGCCCCUCUUCGGCAUUGCGCAAGGCGUCUACUUUCUCGGGGUUGGGGAGGCGCUGCUGGGAUUGACGGGAUAAACUUCGCGUUGUAUCUGCACAAUCUGCAGUUGGUACAAGAAGGCCGCGAUCGACAUGCCGACCCGUCCGCCUCGCCUGCGUUUGCAACACGCAGGUCCUGCGUGCUGAAUGUUCUGUGUCCCGAGGGGUUCGGAGCUUACUUCUGGAUCCGGGUCAUCUUGUCUGGCUCUGUAGAAAAGUGUCGCUAAGCAUUUGUAUGCUUCUAAAUCAUUUCCUGUAUUCUGCUCAGUUAUACACAUUAAAACGUUGGCUCUUCUUUGA